CGCUAAAAUUUCGAUGACGCUUUCGUUUGUAACCAUUCGCCAUUUUGUACUCUGUUUUUGAAUUACCUUCAUCUUGCAAACUUUGUGCGUAUGAUUUUUUUGGAAAUUGUGACUGCAAAUAGAGUAUUGCAACUCCAUAAAUAAAUAAUAUAUGUUUCAUAAUUUUUCUGGUGAAAAUGGGUGGCAGUUAGGUUCAAUGAUUCCAAACUAUUGAUGAAUUACCGGACGCAAUUUUUCCACUAAUUCCUUUUUAGACUGAGAAAGUUAUUUGGAUGAUCAUGUAUACGGGAACCGAUACUCAUCAGGACAACAGAUUCAGCGACAAGGAAAAGAAGCUUCUCAAGCAAAUGAAGUUCAACCCUUGCCUGAGCACACGGGUUGACAUGUCCAAAAUCAAAAUAGAGGUCAUCAAACCCUGGAUUCAGGACAAGCUCACCGAAAUUCUCAAGAUUGACGAUGAUGUAGUUGUCAAUUUUGUUUAUAACCAAUUGGAUGUAGAGUUUCCAGAUCCCAAGAAGAUGCAGAUAAACCUGACCGGUUUCUUACAAAGUAAAAAUGCAAUGGAAUUCAUGGCUGAGCUUUGGGCACUUUUAAUAUCAGCCCAAGAAAGCCCAACAGGCAUCCCAGAGUCACUUAUGGAUUUGAAGAGAGAAGAAUUGGCUAAAAAGAAGGAAAAAGAAGACAAGGAAAGGGAGAUUCGCGAGAAGGAACGAGAAAGAGAGAAAUCUGAGAAGGAAAGAAAAUAUCGUGACAGGGAUAGAUCAAGAUCUCGCCGUUCAAGAUCCAGGUCAAGACCUCGCAAAAGUUCCAGAGAUAGGUCUGGUAGAAACAAGGAUAAGAAAUCAAAAAGCAGGGAUAGGAAGACAUCAAGAAGCAGAGAUGCCAAGUCUAGGAGCAGGGACAGGAAGUCAAGAAGCAGGGAUCGGAAAUCUAAAAGCAGGGAUAGGAAGUCCAGAAGUAGAGACAGGAAAUCAAGGAGCAGGGACAGGAAGUCUAAGAGCCGUGACCAUAAAUCGAGGUCUAGGUCAAGGAGUGUCGAGCGAAAGUCUAGAAGUCGCGAUAGGAAAUCAAGGAGCCGGUCCAGAAAUUCUAGAAGCAGGGAUAGUCAGUCAAAGAGUAGAGACAGGAAGGUAGGUAGAGACAGGAAGUCGAGGAGCAGGGAGAGAACAUCCAGGAGUAGAGAGAGGAAAUCAAAGAGUAGAGAUAGAAAAUCAAGAAGUAGAGAUGGAGUUUCUAGAAGUAGGUCAAGGUCGUUAGAUAAAGAUCCAGAAAUAAGAAAUAAUGGUGAAGCCAGCCCAAGUGAAAGAACAAAUGGUAGGGAAGAUUCAAUACCUGUUGAGGGACAAUCCAAACUUACAAAUACUUCAGCCCCUACACUACCCGUCUCCAAGUUGCAAGCGAAGCUGAUGUCCUUGGCAGAGAACAAAAAGCUUUCCCGAUCGAGGUCUCAAUCAAGAAGUCGGACUCGUUCAAAAUCACGGAGCAAGUCAAGGUCCAAAUCGAGAUCAUCCAGCAGAUCAUUCAAGGCUCGUCGAUCCAGAUCCACUUCCAAAGAUGUCAAGGACAAGAGACGGUCUCGGUCGAGUUCAGGAUCCAAGGAGAACUUUGAGAUUAGGAAGAAAGAAGAUAGCGUACAGAAGAAGAGACACUACAGAUCCAAUAAAGAUAGUUCUGAUAGCGAGCCUGAAGGAAAGAGAAAAAGAUCACGAUCCAAAUCGCCCCGCAGGAAGGACAGUCCUAGGAUAAAAAAACGCAGCCUGUCUAGGAGGAGAUCACCUAGUAGGAAACGGAGUAUUUCAAGAAGACGUAGCCCCUCGCGGGGAAGGAGAAGUCCUAGCCGUGAGAGAAGAAGAAGAAGUCUGUCCAGACGUCCUAGUCCAAGAAGAGGAGGUGCAGCAGCUACAAGAGGAAGCUAUGGAAGAAGAAGUACUAGCCGAAGUAGAAGAAGGGGAAACAGCAGACCUAGAAGAAGUAGCCCUAGAAGAAGAACCAGGAGCCCAAGUAGAAAUAGAUUCAGAAGAAGCAGAAGCCGAACCCGGAAUGUGUAUAGAAGAGCAUCUUCGAAUCCCAGAGACAGGGAAAGAAGAAUUUCUAGAGAGCGAGAUAGACGUUCUAGAUCCAGAAGAAGAUCCCGAGAGAGAGGUAGCAUCAGAAGAAGAUCGCCAGUACGAGAGAGGUCAAGACCCCCAAGAAGACCCAGUCCCAGUCCACAAAAACGUGCUGAUGAUAGGCGGGACCAGAGAGGUGAUUCUAGGUUAAUACGUCAAGGGUUUAGGAAAGAAGAACGUCAUCCUGAACCACCACCAAGGAAGGUUGAAGAGGCUCGAAGGAGGAUAGAAGAAGAACUCCACCGUCAUGAGAAAAAGGAACGUGAAGAGAUGGAGAAGAGGAAGAAAGCUGACCAAGCUGCUGCCAAUGAAGCGAAGAGCAGGGAAAGAGAGAAGGAAAAGAGAAAGUCCAGGAGCAUCAGUCCUCGAGAGAACUACCCUAUUCCUCCCCAUGGUCCUCCCAGGUAUUCCAGGAGUUUGUCAAGAACCCCUUCACCAUUCAUCAAGGCUGAGGAGUUUCCCCCUAAGCCUGCCAAAGCUACUAGCAUCAAGGAAGAAAAGAAGAAGCCACAUAAGGAGAAGCCAGAAGUGAAGUCAAAGAAAAUUCAGAGAAAACCCCCGAAGAGUGAAUCUGAUUCGAACUCAAGUGACUCCGACAGUGAAGAGGAAAAGAAAGAGAAACGGAAAGUGAAAACGAAAAGGAAGCCUAGGAAACGGGAUUCAAGUUCUAGUGACAGUGAUGAUGACCGAUCUUCUAGAGAACUGGAGAUGAAAAAGAAAAAGGAAAAGAAGAAACGUGACAGUAGUGAGGAGAAGGUUACAAAAAAAAGACAUCAGAGCUCCGACUCUGAAGAAGAGAAGAGAGUUAAGAAGAAGCGCAGGUCAGUCAGUUCAGAAAAAGGAAAAAAGUCAAAGAAGGAUUCUAGUGACAGUGACGUUCCCGCUAAGAAAAAGAAGAAACAAGAUAGUUCAGACGAAACUGAUAGAGAAAAAUCAAAAAAACAUAAGAAGGACAAUAGCUCCUCGGAUAGCGAUGAAGAUAUUUCAAAAAAGAAGAGGCACAAAAAAAAGGCAAAGUCGGGAAGCGAUUCUGAUGAUGAUGGGGAUACUAAGAAAAGGAAAAAAGACAAGAAGCAUAAGAAGAAGAAGAAACACUCGAAGAAACAUAAAAAACACAAAAAACGAAAGCAGGAUAGCGAUGAUUCAGACAAUAGCGAUGCUGAAGUUAUUAACGAGGAUGAGAAGAAACUGCGAGAGAAAGCUCUGAAAUCUAUGAAAAGGCAGAAUUCUAGCGAUAAAUCGGAGUAAGCAAAAUGGUUUUAUUUUUGUUUCAUGGACCUAUGAUAUAAGAGUACUCCAAACAGAAUGAAUUAUUAUUUGUGGAGUUGAUGAAUUUGAUGUUGACGAACGUCUGUAUCUAAUAAAAAAAUAUAAAAUUGUA